UACUAGUCUUAAAUAGGAAGAUUAAAUAUGGAAGAUUAAAAGUAAAUGUGCAAGAACAGAGUCAUAAAUGGUAGUAAAUUAAAUAUGGAAGAUUAAAUGUAAAUGUGCAAAAACAGAGUUGUAAAUGGACAGUAUUGACGUAAGUUAAAGUGCAUGAGUGUAGACUUAAAUAUUUUGUAAACAUUGUCAGGUGCCCAAAACCUGAGAUAAUGUGCUUUUUAGUUUCAAAAUACAUCAGAGUGAAAUGAUUCUCCAUAUCAGUAGGAAAUCCUGGCAUUUUAGACACACUACAUUUAACAUAGCCUACAGCUAUUUGUGAAAUCUCCCCUAACCAGAUACUGAAGUAAUUAACUUUGUCCAACAGGUGGCAGUAACGAGACACCGAAGAUGCAUUCUCCUGCUAAACAUCAGACAGAAGAAGACGGCGCGGCGGUUCCGUGUUUGAAAGACGAGAUAGUCGGCGAGAGUUCUGUUGGUGCUGUUCUGUUUUAACUAACAAGGAGAAAAUACAUUUCUCCACAUUGAGCAUAGGAUGACAGAUAGGAAACCGUGUAAGGUGUGCAACUACACACGACAGAAGUCAUACGGUUUGGCAGUUCCCUCCCUGGAUGAACUGAAGGUAAAAGGAAGUGAGUUUCUUGGCUUCAGCCCCAGUGAAGAGGUCAGAGUGGUCCUUGAAGAUGAUGGCACGAUAGUAGAGGAUCAGGGGUAUUUUUUGUGUUUACCCUUAAACACAAAGUUCAUGCUUCUGCAUGAGAGAGAGACAUGGUCUCCUGUCCGAAGAAUGGACGGCGGUACAGCCUGGAUGGCCAGAGACUCAAUGGUUCUGGAGACUGAUACUGUGGACACUACUAGUUCUGCAGCACCUUGGUGGGACCUGGCUCAGCAGCUGAGGCAGGACCUCACAAGCAUCAUCCUCAUGUCUGACGCGGACUUACAGACCUUAGUGGAUUCUCCAUGCCCUGAGCUAGCCUCUGCUCUGAGCUUCCCAGAGAAGAGGACUGCUGACCUCCAGCAGACACUGCAGAGGGUUUUGGACCGACGAGAGGAGGAGAGGCAGUCCAAGGAGUUGCUACAGCUCUACCUCCAAACAGUGGAGAAAGAGGAUGGACAGCAGGGAGAGCCUAGCCAGGAAGGGGCUGGAGAUGCGGACGUGACAGAUGCAAUGGAGUUGGACUCAGCUUCAGGAUUCAUGUACAGGACACUGAUGGUGCUAAAAGGCAAAACAAGCCCAGAAACCAGACUCUCCACUGAAGACCUGCAGAUGGUAGUGAGCAGAGGGGUGGACUCUAUGGUUCCAGUACUGGGCUGGGACAGAACAAGGACAUCUGCCCUGCUGCAGGCCUGUGAAGCUGAGCUGACCAAGCGUCUCCAGCAGGUUCAGGCCGUGCAGUCGAUCAGGAGCAACACCCAGCCAGACAGCAGCCAGCAGGUGGACGAGAAGAGAUCGAAGGAGAGUGUUGAAACUCCAGCCGGAGGCAACUAGGCACCUGAGCAGAGACAGAUAAAGGACACUACCUGCCUCAGGGUCAGUAGAAUGGGAUUGUCCCUGUGUUACUGAUCAUAUACAUAAUGCUGGGAUUUAUGAAUGUCAAUGAUGUUGACGUUUCAAACACUUCAACUUGCAAACCACUUGAACGCCUCAACAGGGAGCAGGGUGAUUUGCAUACGUUAUGUUUUUCAAAGACAUGUUUGUGUUACCCACUGGCACCAACUUCCUAAUGGAUUCUACUCUCAUCAAGUCAACAAACUGAAAAAUAAUUUAUGACAAUAAUAUACAUUUAAACUUGAAGCAAUAAUUCAAAACUUUAGGAAAUAUGCCUACUUCUUUUUUUUUGCUGUAAUUUAGUCGAGACAAUUGAUAACAAUCUCAGAACUCUCUCUUCAAUAUGAAGCAGGAGUAGCAGCCUGCAAUAUUAGCUUAGCACGCUUGAAAUCUGCCUAUCAGCGACCUCAUUUCUUAUUGUAGUCUCUGCUUCAACCUCAACAGUGUGACUAGACUCCAGGAUUUCUGGACAAGAAAUAGUCCUGUACAAGACCUUCAGUUAAAAAACAAAAGACAAGACACAACAUAUUCAAUUAUGAACGUUAAGUGUUCUAACUGGCAGAUAUUAAUAUCUUGUAGAUAAUUCAAACUUGUGCUGCUAUCUUGAACUCCAUAUUUAGUAGACUGCUACAGAGGUGGUAUCAAUCAGCAAAAUGUGAAAUGAUUGCUUUAAAAUUUUACAGUUGAAGCAGUAUUGUUGUUUACAUCAUGCAAGCCCUUAAACACUGCCAAUUUAGACAGAAGGUUAGCACUGUUUUUGUUAACAUGAGACUGAAAACAAGACAGCUUUAGACCUGCUCUUUUUGUAAAGUUUCCGGAGAACUUUUGUUGUGAAUUGGUGUUGUACGAAUAAAGAUUGACUGUCUGAA